AUGACAUUCAAGAAUGCUGUGAAAGAUUACAACAUCUUUUAUGGAAGGAACAUAAAGUGGGCUAAGAAUGACAAAGACAGAGCAAGAGCUAAGUGUGCCCAAGAUGAAUGCAAAUGGGAAAUCUAUUGUUCAUGGAGCAAGGUUAAUCAAAGCUUUCAAGUGAAGACUUAUUAUUCUGAGCAUACAUGUUGCAGAGGUUUUAAGAACAAGCAAGCAACUAGAAAGUGGGUUGUAAACAAGCUCCAACAUCAAAUUAAGAUUCAACCAACCAUUACAUAUAGUGAGUGUUUUGAUUACUUGAAGAGGGAGUUUGGUAUACAUGUCAAUGACUCAAAGUUGUUUAGGGCAAUUAAAGAGGCUAGAGAAUUGGUGGAAGGCAGUCUGAGGGAACAAUAUGGUAGGGUAUGGGAUUAUUCUCAUGAAAUAAAGAGGAGCAAUCCAAGUUCAUCAUGCUUCAUAGACACAAUACCUAUCCCUAAUGCCCCUCCUCAAUUUCAAAGGAUUUAUAUAUGCUUGGAUGCUUGUAAAAAAGGUUUUAAGGCUGGGUGUAGGCCCUUUAUUGGGCUUGAUGGGUGUUUUUUGAAAGGAUAUUAUGGUGGGCAGUUGCUUGCAGCAGUUGGACAAGAUGCUAACAACCAAAUUUUUGUUAUUGCAUAUGCAAUAGUUGAUGUUGAAAACAAGGACAAUUGGAAGUGGUUUCUGACAUUGCUGCAUGAUGACUUGGGUAAUUACAGGGAGCAUGGAUGGAAUUUUAUGAGUGACAUGCAAAAGGGUUUAAUACCAGCUAUGCAAGAGGUUAUGCCUGGUGUUCAUCACAGAUAUUGUGCUAUGCAUCUUUGGAGAAAUUUCACAAAACAAUGGAAGGACAAAGAGCUUAGGGGAGCUGUGUGGGCAUGUGCAAAAGCAACUACACCUGCACAGUUCAACUUACAUAUGGAGAGGGUUAAGAUAAAGUCUGUUAAGGCAUGGGAGUAUCUGAACAAAUGGCCUGUGACAUCAUGGACAAAAUCUCACUUUAGUGAAUGGCCCAAAGUUGACAACAUAACAAACAACACAUGUGAAGUGUUUAAUGCUAAGAUCUUGAAGUUUAGAGCUCAUCCUAUUCUUACAAUGGCUGAAGAGAUUAGGUGCUACAUCAUGAAGACAAUGGCCACAAACAAGUUGAAACUUGAAAGUCGUCCUGGCCCAUUGUGUCCAAUGCAACAGUCAAGAUUGGAUAAGGAGAAGCUUGAAAGUAACAAAUGGACACCAAUCUGGUGUGGGGACAGUGAUGGUUAUAGGUUUGAGGUCCAAAAUUGGCAAGAAAAGAUGGAUGUUAAUUUAAGCACUCGUACUUGCACUUGUAGGUUUUGGCAAUUGACAGGUAUGCCAUGUGCCCAUGCUAUUGCUGCCAUAGCAUAUAAAAAUCAAAAACCUGAAGAUUAUUGUCAUGGAUGGUUAACCAUAGGAGCUUAUAAAGCAUCUUAUAACUAUUUCAUUCAGCCAUUACAAGGGCAAGAGUUUUGGGAAGUAACUCAGUUUAUCAAGCCAGUCCCCCCACCAAUAAGAAGGCGCACAGGGAGACCUAAGAAGCAAAGAAGGAAAGAUGGGAAUGAAGAUGGUGCUAGUUCAAGCAAGCUCAAGAGAAAGUACCCUGCAAUAACUUGUGCAAGGUGUGGUAUCCAAGGUCACAAUAGCAAAGGGUGUAGCAACUAUGGUGUCCCAAUUAGGCCUAGAGGUUGGAAAUCAAAUGAUGGUGCAAGUGAGAUGGAAUACACUGGCUCACAACCAGAAGCUGAUUCUCAGGAAAUGCAUAUCCCUGAAGGACCACAAGCUAUACCAUUUGUAGCUGGCAAUGUGUGGCCAUUUGCUGGACCAACUGGAGUUAGGGCUCCACCAAUUAGAGGUUCGAGUUCAACAUCAAAUAUGACUUUCAUCCCAACACCUGGGCUUACGCUGAGACAGAGGCAAUAUGGACCUAAUGUGCCCAUGUUUGUGCCACCAAGGAAUGGAAACUAUCAACCUCCUAGGCACCCUUGA